UCUGCCAGGAAUAUCCAGGGUUUCAGAUCUGUAUAUUUCUCUUCCGCCAUUAGAAAGAGAGCAAUAAUAAAGAGAAUUUAAUGGCGGUUGUAUCUCCUUUAGCCAAGUAUAAACUGGUUUUCUUGGGCGAUCAAUCUGUUGGUAAAACGAGUAUCAUUACUCGUUUCAUGUACGACAAGUUUGAUACUACGUAUCAGGCGACAAUUGGGAUUGAUUUUCUUUCAAAGACGAUGUAUCUUGAGGAUCGGACAAUUCGUUUGCAGCUUUGGGACACCGCUGGACAGGAGAGAUUUAGGAGUCUCAUUCCAAGUUAUAUUAGGGACUCUUCUGUUGCAGUAAUCGUUUAUGAUGUAUCAAAUCGACAGUCAUUUUUGAACACUGCCAAGUGGGUUGAGGAGGUACGAACAGAACGAGGAAGUGAUGUUAUCAUUGUCCUUGUCGGCAAUAAAACUGAUCUUGUUGAUAAAAGGCAAGUUUCAAUAGAGGAGGGAGAUGCCAAGUCACGCGAAGAUGGUGUUAUGUUUCUAGAAACAAGCGCUAAAGCAGGGUUUAAUAUCAAGCCUCUAUUCCGCAAAAUUGCUUCUGCCUUGCCAGGGAUGGAAACCUUUUCCUCAACGAAACAAGAAGAUAUGGUAGAUGUUAACCUGAAACCUACCUCAAAUGUAUCCCAGGAACAACAGGGAGGUGGCUGUGCAUGCUAAUGAGUAUACAUCCACAAUAGGAGAUGAAGCGAUCAGAAGAAUAAUUAUACUGUGCGAACAGACUUAAUUCAGCAAGUGAUAUUGAGUUUGAUAGGCAUGAAAGCUUAAUUGAGAAAUGGCUGGUCGAUAAUUAUAUGAACAGCAUAUUCUUUUUCUGUUGUAGCUGGACCUGAUUGAUUAAAGUUUGGUAGUGGUUGCUGAUGCAAAUAUCUCGUCCUACAUUGUGUUGCGAAGCUGUCCAUUCUGUUUUAUCUUUUUGUUUACCUUCUCUUGUGUGCGUUUUUUCAUGGUGAUAUUUUCUACUUAGAUUUACUAAAAAAGCAAUAGAUCAUGAUUUAUUUUGCAAAA